CUUCACUUGGAAGCAAUUCAUGGGCAUGAACAAGUAGGACAGCACUUCAUCUGGCUGUCAUGAAUAAGAAACGAGACGCCGUGCGGGCAUUUCUUGCAGAGAGUGCAGACAUUUCAAUGACCGAUGGAGCUCAACAAAGUCUCGUAUCGAUCGCUGCGCUCAAUUCCGACAAGGAGAUGGUCCACUUGUUACUCAGAGGCGGUCACCAUCCGGCAACCUUGUAUCCAAGCCAUCCGUUCAUCCGCGUUGCAACAACACUGCUAAAGGCCCUUGGAAACUCAAUCGCGCAGUAUCCAGAUUUAAUGUCGCUUUCACAUAACUUUCGGGACAACUUUCCCCCUCCCAUCGACCUUCUUCUGGUUGCCAUAGCAUACUCAAUUCACCCCAGAUAUAUCGUACUGGCACAAUGUGAAUUAUACAUAAAUGUAAUCCUCGAAUCAGGGAUUAUCGGGCAAGACCCACUAGUGUACAAGCUCUCGUUAGCUGCGGUAGGAUGUGGGAACGACCAAAUUAUCCGCCAGAUCCUCAAAGCUGGGGCUUCUGUCAACAGUUCAAACUUCGAUACCUCUGCUCAGCUCGAUUCGGCCGAGUUUGUCAGGUCGACAUUGAAGAUUUUCAUUCGGCCCGACCUCCCGGUUGUGUUGCAGAAUGACCUAUUGCAUCUGGCGUUAGCACUGGGCCGUAUUGACAGCAUCGAAAUUCUCUACGACUACUGCCCACAUCAUGUACUGGAAGAUAAGGAACUAUGUGAGAAGCUCAUUAUCUUGGCCGCUCAGCAUGGGAAGCAGCAGUUGCUGGAAAAGAUUUUCGAAAAGGAGUUUCCAAUCCAUCCAACUGCCCUGAUCGUUGCUUCAGAGGGUGAAUACGUUGAAGUCAUACGUCUGCUAGUCUUCAAAGGAGCCCCUAUUACCUGUGAAGCAAUCCUUUUGGCCUUAAAAAGCCGAAACGAUGCAAUCUUGAGCAUCCUACUCCAAGGCAGGGCCGAGUGGCAAGGCGUUGAGCCGACUAGUAACGAGCUUUUGUUUAUUCGGAACUUGGGGUCAGAGGCUAGAGGCUUAGGUCGCGACGAUAUAUUGAGAUGGCUGUUGGACAACGGUGUUCCGGAAAGCUUCUUGGCAGAUAAUCUAGAUAUGUCUGAUUAGGUUGGUCAUUGUCCG